AUGAACUCCAAAGGCUUUGUAGGCGAAAAUGAACCACUAUUUUCACCUCUCGAUCAGCCAGAACAGACCCCAGACACUUCAGACCACUCCACAGAUGAACACACAGACAAUGCAGACAGCAUUGGCCCCGCAGGCUUCUCCCAGCAUGACAAAAGCAUGGUGACCAAGCUUUUGAGCGGUCCUUCUACGGUAUCAGAGGUGUCUCAGCUCUACCAUCUAACACCCAACUUGGCCCAGGAUGACUGGAGCAAGCUCGAAAUCGAAAAGUUGUUUUCCAUUGUAUUGCAUGACUUGACCAGCAAGGGAAUAGGCUCCCUUGCCUCAAAAACGACAGAGCAAGUGUUAGAGGCUGCAGGCAAAUUUCCCAUCAUUCCAUGGACAAGCGGUGAAAUCAGCCUCAUUAAGUUAGCGAAUCAAGAAGAUACCAAAGCCCUGAACCUACUCUUCUACCUUCCGUAUAGACUGCAAGAGUCCAUAGAAAGGGCCAGGGCUGCGUUUUUGUCGGCUCCAUCGUCCGAAGACUACUACAACAUAAACAGUGAAUUCAACAAGAAGCUAAUAGUUCAAUGCAUGGAGUCCGAUCUAUCUUUGGAUGCCCUUGUGUCCACAUUUCAAAAUAUCCCCUUUGACCAAAUUGUGGAAAAGAUUCGCCUGUUGGGUGAUCUUGAUUGUGGUGAGCUUACUGUUGGAGAAAAGCACACCUUGAAAAACUGCAUAUCUAAUGGCCAAUCCAUAGGUCAUAUAUACUUGAGUCUUCCUUGUAGAUCAAGGAGUUACGUUGGCUCAAAAUACAAAGAAAUGGAGUAUGUAUCUUCCAGGAAAACCAAGUUCAAAAGUCAUGAAGAACGGUUAAUUUAUGAAGCCAAAUGGGUGAUGUUCACCAGUGGCGAAUCUUCAACUCGAAGAGCAAGGAAAAGGCAUAGCGAUCAGGAUAUCGAACAGUUGGAACAAGAUUUGAUCCAAAAUAAAUCGAAACCAAAAGAAAAGGUCGAACUUACACCUGAGCAAAUAGCUGAACGAGAACUCCGUAAGGAAAAGAGGAAACAAAUGCUACUUGAGAAACAAGAACAAAAACGGAUACAAAGAAAAGUUUUGAGAGAACUGUUGGAACAAAGACGGCUUCAAGGUUUAACCCGACCUCGGAGAGAUGUGCAAAACUCUUCUCUAAAAUCCCUUCUUGCUGGCUCACAACACUUUCAAUCAGUUAUCGGUGAUAAAAAGGUGGUUGAGCAGGGCCAAAAACGGAAGCGCAUCCAGGCAGACCAUUACAGACCUGAGAUUGAAAUCAAGAAGACUCUACUUAAAACUAGACCUAGGCAAGCUCAUAAAAUUGCUAUUAAAAAGGCGUUAAAAUUAACACAUGGUGAAUCGACCAAGAAAUUGGUAAAGAAACUGGAAAAGCCAAAAAAGCCAAAGCUGAUGAAGGGCGAACAGAUAGAUAAUUUUUCCAGUUCUGAAACUCCAAUAAAGACGGAGGAUGAAGAGGAUGAUCAAGAAGACUAUGUAUCUCCGUUUGAUCCUACUGAUAUUAAUUCAGAUACCUUGGUGCCGCUUAAUGGCCGAGAAUUAUUCGAAUCUGGAUUCUACUCUAGCCAAACUAUCACGAACAUCAAUUAUGUCAAUGGGGAUGGAACUGGGGAGAGUUCACAUCUGAUUAUGACAAGUUUGGACGACUCCAUAUUGGCUGAGGAUGACUUAGCUGUCCAUAUUGUGCAGAAUCAUUCCAAGAAUUAUCGGUCAUUACCCAUCUCAUUUCCACCCAUGGAAUGCAGUGAAUCAAGCGAAGAGUUUGCUGAGUCCUUUAAUAGACUAAGGAAUAUUGUCAGAGUAAGAUUUCUCGUUCAUCCACAACAUAGUGAACUGUUUCUAUUAGCUGCUCCCAAGAGUAAUGAAUUGGAUCCCAUUUACGAAAUCAUUAAACUCUUCAUGAUUCACUACACAUUAUACUUUUCACACUCUCCAGUAUUGAAAAAGAUAAUCACUGAAGACUAUUGCGAAACCUUGGAAAGAUCUGUUGAGGAGAACGACUUCGGCAUGUUUAUGUCUGUUAUCGACAAGUGGAAUUUGCUUAUGCUUGAAUUAUCUCCUAAUUCAGAAGAGCUAGUGCAAAUUCUGACUGAUAAAGAUUUAAAUCCUGAAGUAAGGGAGUUUCUUGGAAAAGAGGAAGUCAAGAGGCCUACUCUGCACGAAUUAAAAUUGGCGGUAUUUUUUGAAGAGAUCACCAAGGAAUACCCUAGUCCACUGUUUCAAAUAGUACGUGGAGGAAGUAAUUCGCAUACGAAUGAAGAGAUGACUCGAGAUGGAGUCCACAUUCCUGUUUCGGUAACAAGGGAAGAAACACCCAUAAAACCCAAAGAAUAUAAUGCGGCAUUCUUCAGCAGACUCCUGGAAAUGACAAGUAUCUCUCGUUUCACGAUGCAACAAAUCUUACUUCGAGUCUAUUCAAGAAUUGUCUCUACUGAUUCCAAGAAAUUAAGAUCCUAUAAAGCGUUCACUGCAGAAGUAUAUGGUGAGUUGUUGCCGUCCUUUACUAGCGAAGUGUUAGAAAAAGUGCUGUUGACGCCUAACCAAAAUUUCUAUGACUUAGGUUCUGGUGUUGGAAACACAACCUUCCAAGCAGCAUUGGAGUUCGGUGCUCGUAUCAGUGGGGGGUGCGAGCUCAUGGAUCAUGCUUCAAAGUUGACCAAGUUGCAAGAGGGUUUAAUCCAGAAGCAUUUAAAGGUCCUAGGCUUAAAGCAACUCGAACUUGAUUUCGCGUUACUGCAAAGUUUUGUUGCUAAUGAAAAUGUUAGACAGAGUGUGUUGAAUAGUGAUGUCCUCAUUAUCAAUAACUAUCUUUUCGAUGUCAAUUUGAACACCGAUGUUGGACGACUUCUCCACGGGUUAAAAGCGGGAACUAAAAUCAUCAGUUUAAGAAAUUUCAUCCGUCCAAGAUACAAAGCCACUGGUGACACCAUUUUCGAUAGAUUGACAGUUGAGGAGCACGAGAUGAGUGAUUUUCUUUCAGUGAGUUGGACGGCCAACAAGGUGCCGUAUUUUAUCUCCACUGUUCAAGAGAACAUUGUUCCAGAAUACUUGGGCCGUGAUGAUAGUCCUGAAAAUUGUGGGUCUGUAAAGGUUGAGUAUAAUGAAUUGGCGCAGUUGGCAAACUAA